CUCUUGGGCAACAUCAAAGCACUUUCUAACACCUUCUAAGAUCGAUCAGAUCAUCACUACAAAAGCCUCGGCGCUGCUUGUCUCGAGUGUCGGGCACUCAGCGUCGCAAAUCAACGGGAUAUCGAAAUGUACCUAUUCGUUUCGUCUACCGCCAUCGACUUUAAUUUAGCAACCAGGCCUGGUCGGGCUUUUUGCAUUGCCCCUGCGCAACCGUGCUAGGCCGUGAAUUUUAUAUGAGCUCGGUGCGGAGAGCAGCUACCUUACAUUCUAGGGAUCUCGAUGUCCUGGCCCUGCCACUGUUACGGCAUGAUGUAUGGUCCCCUCAGGGGAGAUAUCGUGGGACUGUCCAUAACGCAUCUGAACAAGGUGAUGUCCAACCUGCACUUGAGGCGCUUACUGGUUCAUUUCCGCAGAGGUAGAUAUGGCUAACGCAACGCCAUACCUGAGACAUGGCCGGCGCAUGUCUAAGCGCCAGGCCAGUCGCUGGCCACCUCUCACAUGUGCCAUUGCUAUGGUCGUCCAAUGCUAGGUCUAGGGCUUGCAUAUAUUGGCCCGUCGCUGCAGCUGCGUAUGACAAUGACAUUGUCAACUUUAAGGGGAAAGUUCCAUUCCUGAGGAUCAAUUGACCCGACAAUGCCUACAAAACUACCUGUCUGGCCUUUAAAUUGCAUUUCGAUAACGAACAAAAGGGCCUCCAAGGGACGUGAUGGAAGAUUCAAUACCAGCGCGGACAGAGAACUACGCAAACAUGCCAACAGCACGAUAGACUCCGUCACAAUAGUCGAAUCUGAGGAGCCGCAACCUGUCGAGCAAGCGAGGCAGAAAAAAUGCACCUCGAUAUGGCUGUCAGCAACAACUCUUGGCUUGACCGCAUGCCUCUUUGCGGUCUUUGGUUGCGUCCUGGCGUUCUUGUGGCUUUACAAUUCGAGGAAUGAUGGCUUUGCACUGAUCACGUAUAAUCACUAUUCGUGGACAUACGGACCUACAGCCAUACUCAUCGUCGUUGUUGCACUUUGGCGACAGAUCGAUUACCACUGUAAGGCGGCUAUACCAUGGAUGAAUUUGCAGAAACAGGGUGUUCCAGGUGCAAGCAGCAUCUUUUUGGACUACAUUUCGCCACUUCAGAUUGUGAGCUUAUGGAAAUCCGCUCGCAAUAACGACUUUUUGACAGUUGUCACGAUCAUCGGCUUCAUCCUACUGAAAUUGGUUACACUCGCAUCUACAGGCCUUCUGGCAGAGCAGCCUACUACGUUAACAAGUAGUACCAUUUCCUUGCAGGGUAUCACCAGGCUGGACGGCUCCCUAUACAACGAGACGCAAUAUAUCGCGACAUCCGAUUCUUCCCUUGUAUACACUGCUUUCGGGAUUAUGAGCAAAAGCUUGCCGCUACCAGAGGGCACCACAAGCAGCCUAGUCUAUGAGACCUUCGACUUGCCGCCGGAUUUUGGAGAGAAAUCAAACCGAAUCACAGCAGAAGUUGGUGCGCUGAUGCCGGACUUCAAAUGCCAGCCCGCAGAGGUCUCGAUAAACCCAGUGCCUUACGGUUCUGAUGGCUCCCAAACUGGUGACACGAUGGCUAUCAUCUCUCCAGGUUGCCAAUUGAUGGGGGGCGCACCACCUGUUUUUGUGCUCGAUGCAAACUCCGUAGUCUGUCCGCAGCGACAGUUCAGAGGGAAUAUGGUUAGGGUGAAUUGCUCGAGUGAUGCUCUCGAACAACUCCCGAACUGGCAGCUUCUAACACUAGCCGAAGUCAUCUACAAUCAGACGUUCAAUUCUUCAAACGGCACCGAUAGCCCAAGUCAAAAUGACGAUGUUGACAUUCUUUCCUGGUCAGUCGGAAUUAAACAAACAACGAGCUUGCUGUGUCAACCGUCCUACAAAUUAGGCAAACUCAACACGACUUAUAUGUCAUCUCCACAGGGCCCUAUAAUUACCGCCGGCAAGCUCAUGGGGUCGAAUAAGACAUUGACGGGUUUCCACGAUGAAGAGCUCGCAUCAACAUUCACCGCAGCAUUGAUAGAUGCAGCGGUUAUGUUCGGUGACCCGUCGGAAGAUCAGAUGACGGAGGAUUUCCCGAACACUAUGUUCAAGUUGAUGGCAUCUGUGAAGGGCGGGAGAUACGACAGCCUCUUAGACCAGGACUCGAUGGCACAAACGGCUCAAAGUGCCUUUCAACACAUUGCUGUGCAGGUCGUAAGCAGAAAUCUGUUGCAAUGGGAGAAUAGCACUCUUCAAGCCGACCUGACGUCUACAGAAGACCGUCUACAAAUUGAUACUGUGGCUUUGUGGAUCAUGAUCUCUGGCUUUGCGACAUUGUUGGGUUUAUGCCUUCUCAUCCUAUACAUGAGACCGAAAAGGCCGCUGCCUCCACGAUCCGAGACAAUGGGAGCCGUUGCACAGAUUAUGACCAGGAGUGAUCAGCUGCAGAGCUUGGUCCGCAAUACUGCCUGUCUGCCGGAAAAGGAGGCUGUUUCGGCCCUUCAUGAAUAUUCUUUCUCUUCCCAGCAUGGUAUCGACUCCCAUGGCAGUCUUGCAUUUACAAUAUACCCUUUUCACAACAUUGAUGACGCAUCUGCGACCUCUCAUGAUACCCCGCGCAUAAAGCAGGAUGAUGCACAGCUAUGGUGGAAACCACUCAUGGUCCGGCGCCCGAUUCUGGUCACCACCUUGAUCCUACCUUUAGCUGCUAUUGUCGCGCUUGAAUUACUACAACGACGGUCGGACAGUGAGGCUGGGAUUCUGGCACUUUCGACAUCUGGGCGUACUCAGUCUACUUUAGCCAUACGACUGAUCCCAGCUCUGCUGAUGCUCAUUAUUGCGGCGUCAUUCAAUUCAUUUGACUUCAACAUAUCAGUCCUGGCGCCUUUCAAUUCUAUGAGAUUCCGGGCAGUCUCUGCAGAGCAAAGCAUUAAAAGUUCGCUCAUCGACAAGCUGCCUCCUAUUGCGCUCUGGAAUGCAGCAAAACACCGACAAUAUGCAGCUUUGUGUUCUUCAACAGCAGCAAUUAUUGGCAGCUUAUUGACGAUCGUGGUCUCUGGUCUCUACACUGUAGAGUCCGUGCCGAGUACCAGACAGACUGCCCUCCAGGCCGUGGACGCUUUCAACACUAGCUGGGCUGAUAGCGUGACGAAUGAUAGCUCUGCAGCAGUGCUGACGAGCCUCACUGAGAGUCUGAACUUGGCAUAUCCUGCCUUUACAUAUGACCAGCUUGCAUUUCCUGCUAUACCUUCCCCGAGAAACAUUGAUAUGACAGCUGCACCACAAUUGCUAAUCAAAUACCCCGCUCUUCGAGCAUCGAUGAUGUGCUCUAGCCUGGACUUGGACUCAUUCAAUGUUUCGGCCAGCUAUGUCCCGCAGCUAGAGUCCUCGAGUGCGACUGUGGAUGCGAAGAUACCGCUCCCCAAGACCUGCCCAUUUGGCGGACCAGGAGGAAACCUCUCCUUCGUUGACCUCAACUAUCGAGUCGGGUUCCAACAAAACACGAGUUACAUUGGAAAGCUGCUUGACAUCCAUGUCGGCCCAUAUGAUGCUAUUCAGGGUUCGGCUUUGGGAGAGGCUUCACCAACGGCGCAGAAAGACAAUCCACCAGGCUGUCCUUCUCUGGCUAUGAUAUAUGGCUUUGUUGAUGUUCACAACACUACCAGAACUUCCAUUACGACGCUGGCCUGCUACCAGCAGAUGCAGAGCGUUCAAACGACAGUCCUUUUCGGCCUACCGGAAAUGACGAUCCUGACUUCGAAGCCACCUAUACCCGAUGAAAGCACCGUUGAGCUUUUGCCCAGUAGCGAGGCCGGUGACACUACGUUCCCAUACAGGAUCCAACAACACAUGGACCAAUCACUUUCUCUCUUCAACCAAAGCAGAUACCCAUCUGCGAACCUUGCUGACACGCCAGUAGACAGUUUCUUCCAAGGGGUUCUCUUCGGACAGACGCCUCUUCCGGAAACUGCACUCGUAGGACAAGAUCAAGCAGAUACCAUGAUGAAAGGUAUCAACGCCUUUUACCGUAGGUACAUGGCUCAAGCGAUCUCGAACAAUAUGCGAGUGCCGAACGCUUCAGCUGCUUCGAUCCCUAGCCCUACAAUGCAUCAGGGUACGAUUCUGAAUGCUUCUCAGACAUCGAGACUGGUGCAGCACCGUGAUGCGAAGCUCGCGCUACAGAUUCUUCUUGGAUUGAUGACUUUGUUCGGAGCUCUCGCUUGGCAAUUGAGCCGGCUAGUCGACCUUGUUCCUUAUAACCCAUGCACAAUUUUUGGGAGGGCGGCCUUGCUUGCUGGAAGUCAACUGUGUCAGUCUGGUAGCGACUGGGAAGCAGACGAUCAUCAGCUCCCGAGAAGUCAGCAGCGAAGGUACAAAUUGGAUUGGUGGGAUGACGACGUCGAACAUGUCGAAGAUAACAUGGAUCAGAGGUUUGUAUCCAGAGGUGAUGACAGGGAAGGUCUUCGCAUGAGAAAGAGAUAUGGCAUUGACAUGAUUGACUCGGCAGAGUAGAUGACACGCAACGACGGACCUUAUGCCCUCACAGUUCGAUGCUCUUUCAUAGAGAAAGUGAAGGUAGAACCAAACAACAGAAGUUGCAGAAGAAAGGCAAGAUUGUAUUUUGUUUCUCUCGUGUUGGAAGACAGAAGUUACGCCAAUGAGCCAGAUGAUAUCAUAUCCUCGUCAAAUCCGUCAAAUUUGGUCGUGC